AGAGUCCCCUUCCUUACCAUCCCAUUUCCUGUGCUUCUCUCCAACAUGCUGGUCACGGUGCAGGGAGGCAAACAACUAGGUGGUCUGACUGAAUCUUCCAGGUAACAAGCUUCCGUGUUUCAGAGGAGAAGAAAUAUGUCAUAUUUAUCCUGAGAAACUGAUUUGUCUAUUGAUGCUUCAGCCAGCUACCCUCAUUCAGGGAGAAAGAUGAGUAUGAGAGCAGGCCUGUGAUCAGACAGGGCUUCUCUCACUGCCAUGGGCUGGUGCUGCCAGGAAAGAAGUGAAGAAAAACACGAUUAUCAUCAAUAUGGGAGUCAGAAAAAAACUUCUCCAGAUUCCAUUCUUCACAUUUAACAUCCCAAUGACUAAUUUACAAGUGAUCACAUCAGGUGUCCUUCUAAUUCUGUGGAUACCUUUGUCUUAUCAAGUGUUUUUCAAGCAACCCAAAGAAAACAAGGAGGCUCAGAACAAACUAGCGGACAGUGACAAGAGAAAAGAAGAACUUCAGCAACAACUUGAGGAGGCUCAGAACAAACUAGCGGACAGUGACAAGAGAAAAGAAGAACUUCAGCAACAACUUGAGGAGGCUCAGAACAAACUAGACAAACUUCAGAAGGAACUUGCUUGGAGGAAGGCUCAAUUUAAGUUGGUUUGGAUGAAGGCGCCAUUGUAUGCUGAUUGGAGAAAAGAGGAGUUCGAAGCUGUAAAUGUGACUCUGGAUGCAGGCACUGCCCAUCCUGCCCUCCUGUGUGAAGAUGGGAAACGAGUAACCUGGCGAGAGCCUUGUCAAGAUCUACCCCACUCCACACAGAGAUUCGACUCCCUUCCCUGCGUGCUGGGUCAGCUGGACCUCAGGAGAGGGAGAUCCUUCUGGGAGGUGGAGGUUGGGAACGCACGUUCCUGGGACCUGGGAAUUUGUAGGGACAAUGUCACGAGGAAAGGGAGGGUUACUAUGUCUCCACAGAAUGGUUUCUGGGCCAUAAGGCUCUAUGAGAGGGCGUACUGGGCCCUCACUUCCCCAGAAACCCCUCUUAGUCUAAAACAUGAACCCUGUAAAUUGGGGGUAUUCCUGGAUUAUGAGGCUGGAGAUGUAUCUUUCUAUAACAUGACAGAUGGGUCCCACAUAUUCAGCUUUCCCAAGAACACAUUCUCUGGUGCCCUAAAACCUCUUUUCAGGCUUUGGUCAUCUGACUCAGGCUCCCUAACCAUCCGCCCGGGUGGAAGAACGCCUGAUGUUACAAUUGAUAUUCCUAAUUAACUCUCAUAAGAAAGUAUUACUUUGGGCCCCAAUUAUGAUAUAAACUGAUUUUGUCCUUCUUCUUACUGGUUCAUGUUCAAAAUGAAGCUCUGAGACACUGAUGAUUUUCCUCAUAUCAGUUCCUCCUUCUUCCUUAGUUAGACUCCUCUCAUUAUUGCCUAGUCCUAAAACAGCCUAAUACAAAUGUUAGAUUUCCUAACCUCCCCUGCUGCAUGUGACUAAAUGAUGGCCCCGGAUUGUAAGGUGAAUUAUCCUAUAUGACUGCUGAAAUAUGUCCUUAAAGGAAAUUGUGGCCUUUUUUCCUUUAUUUUUUGCUGGCUAUAAUGUUUCAUCAUGGAUGGAACUCAAAACACAUCUAUGACCAUGUACAAUGGCAUGGAUGACAGAAAAGACAGAAUGAGCUUGGGUAUUUGACAACAUCAUUGAAAUACUGUAUUGCCCAAUUCCAGAAUUAUUUUCUGUGAGAAAUAAACUUGUAUAUCUUUAAGAAGUUUA